UGGCAGGAGCCACAUCACUCAGCAGCACUGAAACACUCUCUGUUUUGCUCUCUCCUCAGACAAAAAGCUCUGGCAUCGACAGGAGGAAGAAGUGUUCAAGCAGCUUGCGACUGGCUCUUCUCCCAUGUGGGUGACCCAUUCCUUGAUGACACCCUGCCCAGGGAGUACGUGCUCUACCUUCGCCCCACGGGUCCCCUGGCUCAGAAGCUCUCAGAGUUCUGGCAGCAGUCGAAGCAGAUCUGUGGGAAGAACAAAGCUCACAACAUUUUCCCACAUAUCACCCUUUGCCAGUUUUUUAUGUGUGAGGACAGCAAGGUCGAUGCUCUGACAGAAGCUCUGCAGGCCACUGUGAUGCGGUGGAAAUGCAAAUUCCCUGCCCCUCUGCCUCUGGAGCUCUACACAUCCUCAAACUUCAUUGGGCUUUUUGUCAAGGAGGAAAGUGCUGAGGUGCUCAAGAAGUUUGCUGCAGACUUUGCUGCAGAGGCAGCUUCUAAAGCAGAUGUCCACGUGGAGCCCCACAAGAAGCAGCUCCAUGUCACGUUGGCCUAUCACUUCCAGACCAGCCACCUGCCCACUCUGGAGAAGCUGGCACAGAACAUUGAUGUCAAGUUGGGCUGCGACUGGGUCGCGGCGAUAUUCUCCCGAGACAUUCGCUUUGUCAAUCAUGAGACUCUGCAAGUGAUCUACCCCUACACUCCCCAGAAUGAUGAUGAACUGGAACUGGUCCCAGGGGAUUUCAUUUUCAUGUCCCCAGUGGAACAAACCAGCACAAGUGAGGGUUGGAUUUAUGGCAUUUCCCUUACCACUGGCUGUUCUGGGCUACUGCCUGAAAACUACAUCACCAAGGCGGAUGAAUGUGGGACCUGGGUGUUCCAUGGGUCCUACUCAAUUCUGAAUACUACAUCUUCCCCAUCCCUUCAAGCCUUUGCUGAUGGAGCUCUGGAGAGAAGACAGCAGGAAGACCAAGGACCUGGGGAUGCAGGGCCACUCACCAUCAUCUGCCAGAAUGUGCAGCCCCUGAGAAUAAGCAGCCAGCCAGGGCCUCAGAAACGCUGCCUGUUUGUCUGCAGACAUGGGGAAAGGAUGGAUGUGGUGUUUGGGAAGUAUUGGCUGUCACAGUGUUUUGAUGCCAAAGGAAGGUACGUGCGCAGCAACCUGAACAUGCCUCACAGCUUACCCCAGCGCAGCGGCGGCUUCAGGGACUACGAGAAGGAUGCACCCAUCACUGUGCUGGGCUGCACACAGGCAAGGCUGGUUGGUGAAGCCUUGCUAGAAACCAAUACCAUUGUAGACUACAUCUACAGCUCCCCAUCCCUACGGUGUGUGCAGACAGCACACAACAUCCUGAAAGGUAUGCAACAGGAGAACAACCUGAAGAUCCGAAUAGAGCCAGGCUUGUUUGAAUGGACCAAGUGGGUGUCUGGGAACACACUACCUGCCUGGAUACCCCCUGUGGAUUUAGCUGCAGCUACUCUAAGCGUUGAUACAACCUACAGGUAG